AUUGGGCAACACUUGCUAUGAAGUGUCAUGUCAGCUGUCGGUUCUGUAAUCGAUUAUUUUUCACGUAAUUGUUUUUUUAUUAUGAAGAUAUUAAAUACGUGAAACAAACUUGGGAUAUGGUCUUACUGCAUCGCCGGCAUUAGUGAAAUCGGUGGACUAUUUUUUAUGCAAUAGUUCUUUUGUGGCAGGUACAAUAUGGCACAUAAGGAGGAAGAUGAGCCCUUUCAAGAAGAAGACGUUUAUAUCAACCCCGAAGACGGUAUGCCUAAUAUUCACCCCAAUAUAGCUAAUUUAGAACAUGAAAGUGACUCGCAGGACGAAGUCAACGAUUUGGACGACAUACCAAAGUCUGUUAUUGUCACAAACAUUCAUAGUGACGUUUUCGCAAACGCAAAACUAAAAUCCGAAUUGGAAGAUCUUUUCCGAACCUUUUCGGAGAACAUUACAUUUCAGUGGCUCCGCAGUUUUAGGCGGUUGCGUGUGAACUAUGACAGCCCAUUGGCGGCCGCUAACGCUCGUGUGCAACUACACCAGUAUCAGUUUUAUAACUCGUGUAUUAACUGUUACUUCGCUCAGCCGGUGACGCCCGUUUCUUUCAAGAAUCUGAGGCCGCCCGCUCCUGUAAAGCAAUUUUUGAUUUCUCCGCCGUCAAGUCCGCCAGUGGGAUGGGAACCGCGAGAAGAGGGCGAGCCGCUGGUGAACCACGACCUGCUGGCGGCGCUGGCGAGCCUGGCGCCGGGCGAGAGCCACGAGCUGCAUGCGCCCACGCCAACGCAGCCCGCCAUCGUCGUUCACACAGCGCUCGCCCCCGAGGGCGCCCCACGCCCAUGCUCUAUUCCCCACACCCGUUGUCCUAAUUAUUGAUAUAUUUUUUAAUCUAAUUACUUUUCUAGUUAGUGUAGAAGUUUGAGUGCUUUUUAUUCAUUGACAAGCAACACUGGUCUCAUGGAUAACCAAAGAUUGCAUUAUGAGUAAACAGCAUAUAACUCUAAAUUGUUGACAUGCCAUAUCGGCUUGUGUUAAGUUAGGCCGAAUAGUAUAACACUAAUUGCUUUAUAUAGUUUAUUAUUUAAUUUAAACACUUAAAAGUUGAAUUGGUGCUAUUCUUAUUGACAAAAGGAAUUUAACAAUGUUUAUUUAUGUAAUUGUUUUUAUAUUGGAUAGUACAUGUUGGCUUAAUAUAUGUAGAUUAUUAUUUUUGAAACAAUAUUUAAGAGGGUAAUCUUAUCAUUAGAAAGUAGGUAUUAUUAUUUUCAAUUAGACUGCUUUGGUCCAUUAUUAUUACUAUCAAGAUUUUUUGCAUAAUGUGUUGCAUAGUUAACCUAAUUGAAUGACCAGUAACAGUAACAAACCAGUGUUAACAAAAUAUUUGAGUGUAUUGUUUAUUUGGAAACUUAGCUUCUUUUAUGCCUAGUAUUUUAUUUGCCAACUAACUGAACACACAGUUUUAUCUUGAAAAUAGUGCUUUUAGUAGCAUAAUUUUAACAACUACAUGUAAAAUAUUAAACCAUAUUUGCGAUGUUUUCAGACAAAAGAACAAAGUCUCUUUUGGAUUUGUAAGAAAAAAAUGGAAUUACAUCAUGAUAUGAUAGUUCUUAAUAGAAAACUGACUAUGUGUACUUGUUAGUUUAAAAACUUGUAUUUUAUUUAUUUAUGUCUUGGGAUUACCUUCUUGAAUAUCUAAACUUGGUUAUGUUACUAACAUAGAUUUUGUAUGUGGCAUUGUUACAUGUAGGCAAUAGGACACAUAUCAGCCAAGCUAGACCAAUUUGUUAUGUUUUACACAAUAUAAUUAAAGUGAUUGAACUAAUGGAUACAUGUUCCUAUUUCAUUACUUUAAUUAUCAGGAGUUCUGAAUUUAAAUGAUUGUUAUUGCAUUUGUAGACUCAUAGAUUGUUGUGAUAUAAUGUAAAUUUUAAAUUUGUGAUGUCAUAUUACAAAUGAUGUGUAAAUAAUAAAUUAUUUUUGCAACAAGCAAAAUUAUCUAAGGAAUCAAAGUGACACCAACACAUUGCUUUAUUACAGUUAGUUAUACAGUGUUUAAAUUUAAAUCUCAUGAUCUUUAGUAUAUUUAUCAAUUAUUAUUUAUUUGAUGUAUUGGGAUUCUACAUGUCUUAAUACCAUCAUCUGGUGUCCUUAUUUAUUUGCAAUAGAAAUAAUUACAGAACUAUCUUCUUUUAAAUUAUAUUAUACCUAAUUCUUAUGGCUUGCUCAACUGCUAUGUUAUUGUCAUAAAAUACGAGUAUACCUUACAUAUAAGGUGAAUCUAAUUAUUACUCAAUUUUCUUUCAUCCUCAAUAUUAAGAAAUUUUGUAGUCAAUUAGCAUUAAUUAUAGUGUUUUCGCAGUUCUUAACUACUAUUAACUCAAUACCUGCAUGAGAUGGGUAUUUUUUAAUAAUAUUUAUUUUCUAUUUUUCACAAACUGUUAAGAGCAUCUGUUUACAAAUUUUAGGUGUUUUAGUAACUUUACUGUCAAUAUUACUUGUUGUCAAUGCAGUAAUAUGCCAAAACUAGUGGACCCAACACAUGGUUUAUUAUACAUUUAUAGCAUUUUUCCUUAUAAUGAAGACAUUUGCAGAGACAAAGUUUCCAUGUUUUCUUGAUACAUGAUGUUAAUCCCAGACCCAUGCUAUGUUAAUUGACCUCUCUUUAUUCAAUAUCUUGUAUGUACGAUCUAAAUGUAUGUUAUCUCGAGGACUUUUACAUCUAUUGGUCUCACCCAGCCUAUUGCUUCUUUUUAUAAAAAUGUCUGUGUUGACUGUAUUCAGAUCAAUGUUUCGUCUAUCGAUGUUUUUAUCUCACUGUGAUUUCAAUAUUAUUGUUUGUUGUAAAUAUUAAAUGGUAUUGUUUUAA